AUGUUUGCACGGCAAUGCAAGCCCCCUGUCGCUAGAUUACUUCUAUUCCUCCUAGCAUGCCUAAAACUCCAGGCCAUCAUCGCCGCGCACAUCAGUUGGGAUUGGGGCGCCAGCAACCGUCGCUUGCAACCAUCGCCUACAGCAUUCGUGUACGACUCCCAAAGCUGCCUCUGCACGAAAUUCUCAAAAGUCGGAAACUUCACAAACGACUUCUUAAAAUUGUGCAGCUAUCUAGACCAGUGCGGCGGCUCCCAGUACCGCAUUCUCAACAGUUACUUGGUUUCGGAGGACUGCGACCCUGAAAGCCAAAUCGACUGUGAGACCCUGCCAGCUGGCUACCGGAGCUGUGACGCCUGGAUCUCGGAUCUCAGUGGAUCCAAUGCGAGUACGGCAUGCCCCGAGUUUAGCUGCUGUGAGCUGGCGCCGUCGCAACCAAACGUGACCACAUGCAGGGACAACUCCUUGUACUGCUUCAACAAAGGGCCUCAACUUCCCAACGACCCGUCGUACAUCCGGUACUGCAACACCUCCCAACGACCUAGAAACGAGACGCAAGUUUGCUCUUGGAAGUGGAGUACAAAAGAUGGUUCACCGUCGCCGUCGCCGUCGUCGCCGUCACUGCCGCCAAGCAGCCCUCCACCGCCGUCAUCGGCAUCACCGCCUUCCUUUCCGCCACCCAAACCAAACCCACUCGCACCGUCAGCACUCAAUCCGGAACUGCCAUCCCCACCACAAACCUCAAUCCUUGUCGUGCCUGACGAGACGGCCGCGAUAUCUGCGUCACCUCCGUCACCAAAGCCGCCAAGGCCGAGGUCUCCGUUACCUCCGUCACCAAAGCCACCGCCGUACAGCCCACCAACCCCACCAUCCCCGGGGCCCAAGCCGCCCAAGCCGCCGCCUCCGCCCAGCAUCCGGCCCAAGCCUACCAACCCCAGUGGGCUGACCGACAAGCAAAUUACGGUGGUGAUCUUGGCCUCCGUUGGGGGCUCAGUGGCUGUGGGCUUGGUGAUUACCGCAGUUAUCGCGUACAGGAAUUGCUGCAAGAAAGCGAACCUGCGGCCGCUGCUGCAUCCGGGGCCAUCAUCGAAGUAUCGGUAUACGGAGGAGGACGAGUACCCGGAGGACUAUCAGCAGGAGGAGGCGGAGGAGGAGUAUUCCCAUGCGGCUUCGAAAAGAAGGACUGGGCGGACGCAGACGACUAGGACGAGCGGAUUGCGGCGCGAUGAGAGGGGGAGGUCUUCGGCACCCGGCGUGAGGAGUGAACGUGGAGCCCGCAGCACGCGGUACGGCAGCGACGGGGAGUAUGGGAGGUCAUCAGCGCCGGGCGGGAGGAGCGUCCGUAAUGCGCACGGCAGGCGGUACGGCAGCGAUGAGGAAGAUGGGAGGUAUUCGGCGCCGGGGGGGAGGAGCGUCCGUACCGCGCAAGCCUCACGUUACGGCGGCGAUGAAGCAAGACGUGGUACGUCAAUGCCUGGCACGAAGAAUGUCCGUGCCGCGCAUGGCAAGCGGUACGGUGGUGAUGAGGACAUGCGGGGUACUUCAAUGCCUGGCACGAAGAAUGUCCGUGCCGCGCAUGGCAAGCGGUACGGUGGUGAUGAGGACAUGCGGGGUACUUCGACUCCCGAUGUGAGGAGUUAUCGUGCCGUACAUGGUACAACGUACGGCAGUGACGACAACCCGAAGCCCGAGGCCCUUCGACGUCACAAGGAGGCUCAGAAAGCCGAGCGCAGCCAAAUGUACGCCCAUGUGCCGUACUCCUCCUUUAGAAACCCCCUAGCGGAACCCAGAUGGGAAGAGCUGGUGUAUGGCCUAACAAGUACGACAUACAAGUCGGCUCCGAAACCUCUGGGCCAAUGCUACACGGCUGCCACAUUCCCACACCGCAUGCCUCCACCCAUCGAGGCUCCCCGUCUACCCUUGCUGCUGCUGGUACUGCUGCUGGUGCUGCUACAGCAUUAA